AUGCCGUUAGCGAACACCCUUGGGCCGCAUGCAAAGACCAUGGGAUGGUUUUGCCGGCCGACCAUGGGGAAUGCUGAAGCAGACACAAACUCAAGCAUUGCAGAUGGUCGUUUUCAGGCAUAUCGCCGGUGCGAACAGAACUUGCUUGAAUCUCCUAGAUCUGGAGAUUUCAUGACCAUGUACAUGUCCCCCGCACGCACAGCGGCAGUGGAGUGGGCAAUCUCGGACGCGGCGAUUCGUCGGAGGACAGCGCUCCCCGAUGGCGAUGCACGUGAGGGCCCACGAGGAGAAUUGACUGAGCCAAUCCCGGCCCACGCAAUUCAUGUCGCGGCCAUCGACCGAAUUGGUGGGAGGAAAUAG